AUGCCGGAGACCUUCGAGUUCCAGGCUGAGAUCUCUCAGCUGCUCUCUCUUAUCAUUAACACUGUCUACUCAAACAAGGAGAUCUUCCUUCGUGAGUUGAUUUCCAACGCCUCCGAUGCCUUGGACAAGAUUCGCUAUGAGUCCCUCUCGGACCCUUCGAAGCUCGAUUCCAACAAGGAUCUGCGCAUCGACAUCAUCCCCGAUCUGGUCAACAAGACCCUGACCAUCCGUGAUACCGGUAUCGGUAUGACCAAGGCUGAUCUCAUCAACAACCUUGGUACCAUUGCCCGCUCCGGCACCAAGCAGUUUAUGGAGGCCCUGUCCGCCGGCGCUGACAUCUCCAUGAUUGGUCAGUUCGGUGUCGGUUUCUACUCUGCCUACCUCGUUGCCGACAAGGUCACCUUCGUCUCCAAGCACAAUGACGAUGAGCAGUACGUCUGGGAGUCCGCCGCCGGUGGUACCUUCACCCUGACCCAGGACACCGAGGGCGAGCCGCUCGGCCGCGGUUCCAAGAUCAUCCUGCACUUGAAGGAUGAGCAGUUGGACUACCUCCAGGAGUCCCGCAUCAAGGAGGUUGUCCGCAAGCACUCCGAGUUCAUCUCCUACCCCAUCUACCUUCACGUCCUGAAGGAGACCGAGACCGAGGUCCCCGAUGAGGAGGCUGAGGAGUCUAAGGAGGAGGAGGGCGACGAGAAGAAGCCCAAGGUCGAGGAGGUCGAUGAGGAGGAGGAGAAGAAGGAGAAGAAGAAGACCAAGACUGUCAAGGAGUCCAAGAUUGAGGAGGAGGAGCUCAACAAGACCAAGCCCAUUUGGACCCGCAACCCCGCCGAUAUCACUACUGAGGAGUACGCCGCCUUCUACAAGUCCCUUUCCAACGACUGGGAGGACCACCUUGGUGUCAAGCACUUCUCCGUUGAGGGUCAGCUUGAGUUCCGCGCUAUCCUAUUCGUCCCCAAGCGCGCUCCCUUCGACCUGUUCGAAACUAAGAAGACCAAGAACAACAUCAAGUUGUACGUUCGUCGUGUCUUCAUUACCGAUGAUGCUACCGACCUCAUUCCGGAAUGGCUCUCUUUCGUCAAGGGUGUUGUCGACUCCGAGGACCUUCCCCUCAACCUGUCUCGUGAGACCCUUCAGCAGAACAAGAUCAUGAAGGUCAUCAAGAAGAACAUCGUCAAGAAGACUCUUGAGCUCUUCACCGAGAUCGCUGAGGACCGCGAGCAGUUCGACAAGUUCUACUCUGCCUUCAGCAAGAACAUCAAGCUCGGUAUCCACGAGGAUGCCCAGAACCGCCCCACUCUGGCCAAGCUCCUCCGCUACCAGUCCACCAAGUCUGGCGAUGAGCAGACCUCCCUCACCGACUACGUCACUCGCAUGCCCGAGCACCAGAAGAACAUGUACUACAUCACCGGCGAGUCUAUUAAGGCUGUCGCCCAGUCUCCCUUCCUGGACACUCUCAAGCAGAAGAACUUCGAGGUUCUCUUCCUGGUUGACCCCAUUGAUGAGUACGCCUUCACUCAGUUGAAGGAGUUCGACGGUAAGAAGCUCGUCGACAUUACUAAGGACUUCGAGCUCGAGGAGACCGAGGAGGAGAAGGCUGAGCGUGAGAAGGAGGAGAAGGAGUUCGAGGACCUCGCCAAGGCCUUGAAGAACAUUCUCGGCGACAAGGUCGAGAAGGUCGUCGUCUCCCACAAGCUGAUGGGCGCUCCCUGCGCCAUCCGUACUGGCCAGUUCGGCUGGUCCGCCAACAUGGAGCGUAUCAUGAAGGCUCAGGCCCUCCGUGACACUUCCAUGUCCUCCUACAUGUCCUCCAAGAAGACUUUCGAGAUCUCCCCCCAAUCCAUCACCCAGCUCCUCUUCGAGACCUCUCUGUUGGUUUCUGGCUUCACCAUUGAGGAGCCCGCUUCCUUCGCUGAGCGCAUUCACAAGCUCGUUUCCCUCGGUCUGAACAUCGAUGAGGAUGCCGAGACUUCCGCUGAGGCUGCUACUGAGGCUGCUGCCCCUGCUGAGGCCACUGGCGAGUCUGCCAUGGAGGAGGUUGAUUAG